UGCAGAGAAGUGAGAAAGCUGGGUGAACCAAGAAUGAAAGACGACUGAUACAGGCAGUUUGAAGUGAUUCACCAGACUGUUUGUGGCAGCAGGGAAUGUUGUGAUAUUCAGGAUAUGACGUGAAUGAAAGCGAGAGAAGAGAGCUAGAAGAUAUUUAAUUCACAAAUGGCAAAGUCACGAAGGAAUGUGGUUGCUUUUGUACACUUUAGUUUGUGUGUUGUAAGAACUAUUUAACUCAUGCUUUUCUCGGAGAACUGUACUCUGUCCUCAAGAGAUUCCACUGUACCAUGUACGUGUUGGCCAUUUCUUCUUAAAGAAUAUGACAGACACUUAGCACCCAGGAAAGGAAUGGCAGCUGCUUACCUCGAUCCUAACCUGAACCAUACCCUUGGCUCAGGAGCCAAAUCACGUCUAAGCAUGGGUAUGGAACGUUCUCCUGGAACCCUGGAUCGAGUUCUCAAGGUGUUUCACUAUUUUGAGAAUAGCAAGGAGACGAGCACCUGGGCAAGCAACAUCCGCUAUGGAGAAGGAACAGAUGUCAGAGGCAUAAUACAGAAGAUAGUGGAUGCAAAGAAAGUAAAAAAUGUUGGCUGCUAUGGGUUACGUCUUAGUCAUCUCCAGUCAGAAGAAAUUCAUUGGCUUCAUCCUGAUAUGGGAGUUUCUCAUGUGAGGGAAAAAUAUGAACUGAAUAAUCCACAGGACGUGUGGAGGUAUGAGCUGCGAAUACGUUAUUUACCCAAAGGAUUUUUAAACCAGUUCACAGAAGACAAGCCCACACUAAAUUAUUUCUACCAGCAGGUAAAACAUGACUACAUGUUAGAAAUAGCAGAUCAAGUAGACCAAGAAGUAGCCUUAAAAUUGGGCUGUCUUGAAAUACGGAGGUUUUUCAUGGAUCUGAGAGGGAAUGCACUUGACAAAAAGUCUAAUUAUGAACUCUUAGAGAAAGAUGUUGGCUUACGAAGAUUUUUUCCUAAAAGCUUAUUAGACUCCGCAAAGGCUAAGACACUAAGGAAGUUGAUCCAGCAGACUUUCAGACAGUUUGCUAAUCUAAAUGAUGAAGAAAGCAUUCUGAAAUUUUUUGAGAUUCUUUCACCGGUAUAUAGAUUUGACAAGGAAUGUUUUAAAUGUGCUCUUGGGUCGAGUUGGAUUAUCUCAGUGGAGCUGGCAAUAGGACCUGAAGAAGGAAUUAGCUAUCUUACAGACAAAGGCUCUACUCCUACACACCUGGCAGACUUUAAUCAAGUACAGCAUAUCCAGUAUUCAAACAGUGAUGACAAGGAUCGAAAGGGAACCCUGCAGCUCAAAGUUGCAGGAGCUCCAGAGCCUCUUACAGUGACAACCCCUUCCCUGAACAUUGCAGAAAACAUGGCAGAUCUGAUAGAUGGCUACUGUCGACUGGUGAACGAGUCUUCCCAAUCUUACAUUAUUCGACCACAGAAAGAAGGUGAAAGGGCACUUCCAUCAAUCCCAAAGAUUGCUAACAAUGACAAGCAGGGAGUUCGGACGCGAACGGUUUCAGUUUCAGAACUGAAUCACAGUCAGCCUGGAGUUAAGAAAGCCAGGCGCUUUCUUCUUCCUUUCAUCUUCUGCUCCCAUCAGUCUACACCCAAGGAUGAAAUUAGUGGGGAUGAAACAGAUGACUAUGCAGAAAUCAUAGAUGAAGAGGAUACAUACACGAUGCCCUCAAAAAGCUAUGGAUUAGAUGAAGCUAGGGAUUAUGAAAUUCAACGAGAGAGAAUUGAACUUGGUCGCUGUAUUGGAGAAGGGCAGUUUGGAGAUGUUCACCAAGGAGUGUACAUUAGUCCAGAAAAUCCCACAAUGUCAGUGGCUAUUAAAACAUGCAAAAACUGUACAUCUGAUAGUGUACGUGAGAAAUUUUUGCAGGAAGCUUUAACUAUGCGACAAUUCGAUCACCCUCACAUUGUCAAGCUAAUUGGAGUAAUAACAGAGAAUCCUGUGUGGAUCAUUAUGGAGUUAUGUACACUUGGAGAGCUGCGAUCUUUCCUACAAGUAAGGAAAUAUAGUUUGGACUUGGCCUCAUUAAUUCUUUUUGCCUACCAGCUCAGCACAGCUCUUGCCUAUCUUGAAAGUAAACGAUUUGUACAUAGGGAUAUUGCUGCAAGGAAUGUCCUUGUUUCUUCCACCGACUGUGUAAAAUUGGGGGACUUUGGUCUGUCAAGGUACAUGGAAGACAGCUCCUACUACAAAGUCUGUAUUUGCAGCAUCCUAAAGGGAAACUAACCUAUUAAAUGGAUGGCUCCAGAAUCAAUAAACUUUCGACGCUUUACUUCAGCCAGUGACGUAUGGAUGUUUGGUGUUUGUAUGUGGGAAAUCCUCAUGUAUGGAGUUAAACCCUUUCAGGGUGUGAAGAAUAAUGAUGUAAUUGGCAGGAUUGAAAAUGGAGAACGCCUAGCUAUGCCUCAUAACUGUCCUCCUACACUAUACAGCCUUAUGACGAAGUGUUGGGCCUAUGACCCUAGCAAAAGACCACGGUUUACAGAACUUAAAGCACAGCUGAGUACAAUAUUAGAGGAAGAGAAAGUACAGCAAGAGGAAAGGAUUCGAAUGGAAAUGCGAAGACAAGUAACUGUCUCCUGGGACUCUGGAGGUUCUGAUGAAGCACCACCAAAACCAAGUAGACCGGGAUACCCGAGUCCAAGAUCAAGUGAAGGAUUUUACCCAAGCCCUCAACAUGUUCUACAGCACAAUCAUUACCAGGUAUCUGGAUAUACUGGCUCUCAUGGUUUGUCUACGGUGUCUGCUGGUGUGUAUCCUCCACAAGCUUCAGUGCUUGAAACACAAGAUUCAUGGAAUCAUCACAGACCUCAGGACCACUCAGUGUGGUCAUCAAACAUGGAGGAUUCUGGGCCUUUGGAUCUCCGAGGAUUGGGGCAGGGACUUCCUACUCAUUUAAUGGAAGAACGACUGCUUAUUCAACAGCAACAAAUGGAAGAAGACCAACGCUGGCUUGAGCAGGAAGAACGGUUUUUGAAGCCAGACCCCCGCAACUCCAGAGGAAGUAUUGACAGAGAGGACGGAGGUAUCCAAGGGCCAACAGGAAAUCAUCAUAUAUAUCAGCCUGUAGGCAAACCAGAACAUGUUGCGCCUCCGAAAAAACCUCCACGUCCUGGUGCCCCCAGUCAUCUCGGUAGCCUUGCAAGCUUGAAUCCUGUGGAUUGCUACAAUGAAGGAGUAAAGAUUCAGCCUCAAGAGAUUAGUCCCCCUCCAACUGCCAAUUUGGACCGUUCAAAUGACAAAGUUUAUGAAAAUGUGACAGGACUGGUGAAGGCUGUUAUUGAAAUGUCGAGCAAAAUCCAACCUGCACCCCCAGAAGAAUAUGUUCCUAUGGUUAAGGAGGUGGGAUUGGCUUUAAGGACACUAUUGGCAACCGUCGAUGAAACUAUUCCUGUGCUUCCAGCCAGCACCCACAGAGAGAUUGAAAUGGCACAGAAGCUGCUCAAUUCAGAUCUUGCGGAGCUCAUCAAUAAAAUGAAAUUGGCACAGCAGUACGUCAUGACCAGCCUCCAGCAAGAGUACAAGAAGCAGAUGCUAACUGCUGCACAUGCAUUAGCAGUGGAUGCCAAGAACCUUCUGGAUGUCAUUGACCAGGCCAGACUGAAAAUGAUUGGCCAAACAAGACCGCAUUAGUUUCUGACAAACUGGUUCUAAAUGACCAUCAAUAUCUAAGCAUACGUUUGGGCUGUCAGUUUCAGUUAUGGUCAGUCCUGAAGAAUGGAUGGUAAUUUCAAAAGCCCCAUACAUUUUUCUCCCAUCAUGAAUAGCCCAAACACUUUACCCUGAAGAAGAGCAUCAGACUGUGGAAAAGGAUUAAACUAGUAUGACACUGAUUUCUGAAAUUUAAAAUUAAUUUCCAAGAUCUCCAGUGAGUAUAAGAUCCUUGAGGACAUCUUUUUUAUACAGUAUGUGUUUCUUGACUGCACUUUGUUGUAUGUGCUAAUUGUAGUCUUGCUACAAAAGGAUAAAGGCGUUGUUUUAGUGGCUUUGUCAGAAACAAAGAUUGAAUACUUCAACAGCAGCACCAUUUUGUUGCAGCACUAAAAAUUUUGGGAAAUUGUGAUACAUAUAUAAGACACUUUUUUUUUUGCGCUCAUGCUGUGUUUUUUACACAGCUACUACACACUAAUACUGGUGUUCUGCAGCUGGAAGGACCGACAAAACAGUUUCCUUUUUAAAGGAUAAAGAAAUGUAUGGAGUGUGACACAUCUGGAGCAAAUAACCAAGUCUGUUUAAAAACAAAUGUACCAUUAUAUCCCAUAAUGGUGCAAUCAACUUUCUGUGGAGAAUUUUACUUUUUAUAAAUGAGCCAAGAAAUCAUCUGCAACCUUUUCACACUAUCUGGAACUGUCUUGUUAUACAGUAUAUUAUUUCAAGAGACUAAAGCCAUGUCAGAUAUUCUAAACAGUUUACUAAUUCAAUUGUUUCUGUCUGUUUUCCCUGACAUUUUCUCUUGUUUCUUGUCCUAGAGCUUUUUUACACACAGAUACCUUUAGUAUUUUUGUUUUUAAUUUUAUCACAGUGUAUAUCAUCUGUUCAUUAAAACUCCCUAUUAUGGGUUUAAAUUAUUCUCAGGAAGAAUAUAAUGACCUGUACAGUUCAUUGACCUAUUAAAGGUGUUCUCAGUAA